AUGAACAGAAGAACUUUGCAUGCUCUUAGUGUUACCGUGCUCAUUCAGGCCCUGGUUCCAGGGAUUCGAGGCGACAACGGCGACAAAGUAUUGCCGAUUAAAAAGGUCGCUUUAUUGCUCCUCCGGGUGUUGCAGCGUUUGCUCAAUGUGCCGGACAAGGUUUUGUAUCCUGCCACAACAGCAAGUUUUCAAGGGCCACGUGUUUUUGAUUUCCAAGCUUUUACAGCACUACAUGCCCACCAGAGGCAAAUUCGGCAAAAGUACGCAGGCAGCGGUUGCCCCGCAGCUGUCGAGGAGAGCCUUCUGCUGGCUCAGAUGUGGGAGGACGAGUUUCUUCUGACCUACGCGUUUCACCCUUCAGAAUUGGAGUAUUUGAAGACGUCCGAGUCGUUGCGGGCUGCAUGCCGUCGGUACGAGGACGGAGCUGAGAUGAUUUUCACAAGUUUUGCCGUCUAA